AUGCAGUCAGCCAGUCCCAGCAGCCCGAAAGUACCAGUAGGUACCUUCGUUGAGUUCCAAGUUAUCGUCCUGACUAAUGAUGAGAAUCACUUUGCGAGUGAGUUGUGUGAAGGGACAUGCAAGGGGUUGAUCAAAAUAAGUAACCGAUGUAUGAUCUACUACAUCCUGAGGAACAUAAUUGAACAGAAGUUAAAAUAUAUCACGAUCGUUGUGAAUAGCAAGUACUACGAUGAGAUGGUGAGUUACGUGAAUGAGACAUUUCCGGAGAACUACAGCUUGGAUGACAAGAAGGGCUUGGACAGUUACUGCAUCGACGUGGAGCCGUACACCUCAAGCAACAACGAGGAGCUGGGGCCCGUCCAGUGCCUCCUGCAGAUGCGCCACAAAAUAAAGUCCGACUUCAUCAUCGUCAACUGUGACAUCCUCGGAUUUGUAGACUUCCAUUCCUUAGCAAACCUAUUUCGAGGAGAAAACGCCAUCUGUGCGCUGCUACUCCUGGAAGAGAACCAAACAGACAAUGAAAAGAAAAAACAAAAAAUGAAGGAAGAGUUACUAAACUUGGAGAACAACAUAUGGGUGUGCAUCGAUAAAAAUAGCAAAGUCGUUAGUAUAAAGGAUUCUCUAUCUAUGAAGCAGAGUGGGAGAUUGAAAAUUAGUAAAAUUAAUUUGACAGCUCAUCGAAAUUUUAUCCUGAAAACGGACCUCCUCGAUAGCCACGUUUACGUUUUUAAGAACUACGUCCUGGAUAUCAUGGAGCGCAAGAGCUCCUUCACCAGCAUUAAGUACGACCUCAUACCCUACUUGAUCAAAAUUCAGAACACACAGUACUACUCCAAGUCCGAAUUCAAAUUUAACAUGUACAAGACGCUGAUCAAUAAAUACGAAGGAGGAGAGGACAACGAUGAGUCGGAACAGAAGGAGGGCGGCACCGCUCCGCGUGGACCCCUCGACCAGCAGGAGAACGUAGAGAGUGUCGUUUGCUACGUGCAGCCCAAGUCUAAUGGGUUCUGCCAGCGGAUCAACAGUCUACCCAAUUUUAUCAAGGCCAACAUGCUGUUCUGCGUCUCGAGACACGAGCAGCUGAAGAACGUCCUGCCCCCCUACUGCUUCUUCCUAAUGAGUGACAAGAACCAGUCGUACAAGGACUGCAUAAUAAGUAGCCACUUUGAGCACGAGGAAAAUGUCAUUCUGAAAAAGUCCGUCCUCGGCAAAAACGUAACGAUAAAAAAAAACUCCUCCGUUAACAGAAGCAUUUUUAUGGAUAACAUAACCGUUAGUGAGAACUGCCAGAUACAUAACUCCAUCAUUUGCAAAAAUGUUGUCAUCGAAGAUAACUGUAAGCUGGUCGACUGCAUAGUGAGGGAAAACAGCGUCAUCGAAAGAAAUGGCAACUUCGAGAAGGAAACCCUACCUCUAUUUAUCUCCUAG